AUGACUACCUCUCCAUCGACAGGUGAAGUCAUCACAAACGGAACCACUCCGCUCUUCAUUGUCAACACUGGCAAUGUCACCAAACUCACCGAUACCAACUACUUAAUGUGGAGUCUUCAGAUCCACGCUUUGGUUGAUGGUUAUGAACUUGCUGGAUACCUUGACGGAUCCACCAUUGCCCCUCCUCCUACGGUCACCACUGGAACCAUCUCUAUCCCCAAUCCAUAUUUCGUCAUCUGGAAACGUCAAGAUCGCCUCUUGUUUAGCUCCUUGCUUGGAGCUAUGUCUCCAUCUGUUCAACCUCUGGUCUCGCGCGCCACCACGACUGCUGAAGUAUGGGAAACCCUUGCUUCUACCUUUGCCAAACCAAGUCGUGGACAUGUUCAAGGCAUCCGCACUCAACUCAAGGUAUGGACUAAGGGAAAUAAAACCAUUGAUGAAUAUGUUCGUGGCCUUGUUAUACGUUUUGAUGAAUUAGCUGCACUUGGUAAACCUAUGGAUCAUGAGGAUCAAAUUGAGAAGAUUCUUGAAGGUCUUCUAGAAGACUUCAAACCGGUUGUCGACCAGAUCGAGGGCAAGGGCUCUCCACCAACCAUCGCUGAUGUUCAUGAGCGCUUGCGUAAUCGUGAAGCAAGGCUCCUUGCCGUUGCUGCUGCCACUCCAGCUCCAUUUUCCAUCUCUGCUAAUAUGGGACACAGCGCUCGGCGCUGUCAUCAACUUCUCUCCAUGCAGUCUGCUACCUCUAGCAACUCCAGUCCGUUUACGCCGUGGCAACCCCGUGCCAAUGUCGCCGCUGUUCUCGACUCUGGAGCAACACAUCAUAUCACUUCCGACCUCAAAAAUCUCUCCUUGCACCAACCCUACAAUGGUGGUGACGAUCUGACCAUUGCUGAUGGCUCUACCAUGCCUAUUACACAUACUGGUGAAGGAUCUGACUACGGGGGUCCCAUUACUCCAAGGCAAAACUGA